AUGGUGUUAACAGAAAACAUAGUUUCACAUUUCGGUCUCGCUGCGGUGUGGUUUCAAAAUAAGCGUUCUAAAGAGCGACGUUUAAAGCAACUAACAUCAAUGGGAAGGGGUCCAUUUUUCGGAUCUUCACGCAAGAUGCGAGGUUUUCCAAUGAACCUCUCCCCCGGGGGGUUAGAAGAGGGGCCGCCGGGGUUCCCAUACUUCGCGACAGCAGAUGGCAAGUUCGAGUUUGGCUAUGGUCCGCCGUUCCACCAUGAUGCGCCGUUUUUCCAUCCGCCUCCGUCCAUGCCAUUCAAUCAGCCAGGUCGUUUCGCAGGCGGAAUGGAAUCACUGCCCGGCGGCGAGUUUCCCGAGCAGUUUCCACCACCGGACCACCUGGUCCUCCCCCGACCUUCGUCCCCCGAGUUCACGUUCGGGGACGCCCCGCCGCCUCUCCACCCCGAGGGUCUCGUGUGGUAG